GCCUGGAUCCCACGAGCAGGACCUGAUGGCUUCAAAAUCCCAGCACAGCAUCCCUAAAACCAAGAGUCCCAAUGGCAAGGCUGAAUCUCAAGGACAAUGGGGCCGGGCCUGGGAAGUGGACUGGUUCUCCCUAGCCAGCAUCAUUUUUCUGCUGCUCUUUGCACCAUUCAUUGUGUACUACUUCAUCAUGGCAUGUGACCAGUACAGCUGCUCGUUGACCACUCCCAUAGUGGACAUAGCCACCGGCCAUGCUAGUCUGGCAGACAUCUGGGCCAAGACACCACCUGUGACAGCUAAAGCUGUUCAACUGUACACCUUGUGGGUCAGCUUCCAGGUGCUUCUUUACUCCUGGCUUCCUGACUUCUGCCACAGAUUUUUACCAGGCUAUGUGGGAGGUGUCCAAGAAGGUGCCAUAACUCCAGCAGGGGUUGUAAACAAGUAUGAGGUGAAUGGGCUGCAAGCCUGGCUCAUUACUCACCUCCUCUGGUUUUUGAAUGCUUACCUCCUAUCCUGGUUCUCCCCCACCAUCAUCUUUGACAACUGGAUCCCACUGCUAUGGUGUGCCAACAUUCUGGGCUAUGCUGUGUCCACAUUCGCAAUGAUCAAGAGCUACCUGUUCCCCACCAGUGCUGAAGACCGCAAAUUCACAGGCAAUUUCUUCUAUAACUAUAUGAUGGGUAUUGAGUUCAACCCCCGUAUUGGAAAGUGGUUUGACUUCAAGCUAUUCUUCAAUGGACGCCCAGGAAUUGUGGCCUGGACCCUUAUCAACCUGUCCUUUGCUGCCAAGCAACAGGAGCUUUAUGGCCAUGUGACCAACUCCAUGAUUUUGGUCAAUGUCCUGCAGGCCAUCUACGUGUUAGACUUCUUCUGGAAUGAAACCUGGUACCUGAAGACCAUUGACAUUUGCCAUGACCACUUUGGGUGGUACCUGGGCUGGGGUGACUGCGUGUGGCUGCCCUAUCUCUACACUCUGCAGGGCCUGUACUUGGUAUACCACCCUGUGCAGCUCUCCACUCCCAAUGCUGUGGGCAUCCUGCUGCUUGGCCUGGUGGGUUACUAUAUCUUCCGAAUGGCCAACCAUCAGAAGGACCUGUUCCGCAGGACAGAUGGGCGCUGCCUCAUCUGGGGCAAGAAGCCUAAGGCCAUCGAGUGCUCCUAUGUAUCAGCUGAUGGGCAGAAACACCACAGCAAGCUGUUGGUGUCGGGUUUCUGGGGUAUGGCCCGCCACUUGAACUAUACUGGUGAUCUGAUGGGCAGCCUGGCCUACUGCCUGGCUUGUGGUGGCAGCCACCUCCUCCCCUACUUCUACAUCAUCUACAUGACUAUCCUGCUCACCCACCGCUGCCUUCGUGAUGAACACCGUUGUGCCAACAAGUAUGGCAGCGACUGGGAGCGCUACACUGCCGCAGUGCCCUACCGCCUACUGCCUGGAAUCUUCUGAGGACCAUCCUAGGAGGCAUAGGGAGGCUUUAUUGAGUAUGUGGAGUUGGAUGCAUGGAGGUUGGCAUCCCUGUUUCCCCCUGUAGGGGUGUGAAUUUGCUCAUCUGGAGAAUGGAGAGCCAACAUUGUCUGGCUGGCGGCAGCUGGAAAGCUGAGUUCACACAGAACCCCCAGCAGACUGACUUUUUCUCUAUUCAGUAUCCUGAGGUCCCAGGACCUCGGCCCUUUAAAUCUAUCUUUAUGUUGGGAGCCCAUGAUCUUUGCUGCCCAGAUGGCUUAGGCUUACCAUAUGUCUCCCAGCACUGGGCCUUCCUGUUAAACUUAAGACAGUGUGGGAUCUAAGGAUUUUGAUUAUGCCACUUUUGCCCUCCUGCUCUGCCAUGGUGGGCUGGGCCCCUGGGUCAUUUUUGUCUGUAGGCAUGUGCAGUAUUAUUGAUCAGCAGAGGGCUCAGAGGCCACUGCGAGAGAAAGGCUUUUUGUUUAGGUUCUUGUUGUUUCUUGUUCUUACCCCAGGAAUGCCAGGCUGUGCAUUGGGAUAUGCAGGGACACUGCCUACUUCACAGUCCCUUGAUAAUCUGGUAAAGUCUUUGUGACAUGACAGGGUUUCCAGUACAGGACUCCCGGAGGAGCCCCUUAGCAGCUCAGCCAUCUGCCCUCUUCUGGAAGGUGCUUCUUGUUCAUCCCAAGACACUUGGUUCGGGGUAAACAGAUUUGGCUUAGACAACCCAGAAUGUAUCACCAGCCAUUGGCCUCAGCCAAACCAUUUUCAUUAGGGACACUGGCCCCCAAAACUCAGGGUAUUCUGUAAAAUUAGAUAGGAUCCUCUUAGCCCUGCGGAUAAUUCUUUGUAUUAAAUCUGCAUUUUUAAAUGUG